AUUCUUUCAAUAUCCACUGUAAAUGAAUACCUACUACUUCAAUAUUACCUGCAACAAGUACAUGAGAUUUGUCACACUUAUAUAAUCCAUAGCAUUUUGUUAACACGAAACCUGAAAACUGAUUUUAAGAUUAAAAGUUCUUGUCAUGCAAGGGAAAUAGAAAAGCACGAGGAAUGUUUUGUUUUGUAAUAAAGUAAUAUUUUUAUGAUCCCUUAAUAUGGUAUCUCUCACAGGUUUUAAUAUUCCCAAUAUCCGCAUAGCAACCGUAAUUGCAACUGCAUCAUCAUCAUCAUCAUCAAUCACGUUUUCCCACAAUGUCGAAGAUCACAAGGAAACCUUAUUAUCACAAUUCAAUGUUGGGUACAUUAGAUGUUUUAUAACCUUUUGUUUUAAAAUUGAGAGAGUGUGUAGCGGAAAUAGUGUGUGCAGUAUUAGAGGGAGAAAAGAGGAAGAGAAGAAAGUGGUGAGAGAGGGAAUGGCGUCCAGCAUCCAACUCCAUGGGGAGGACUCGGUGGUGUUGCGGGUCACUCAUUCCAAUCUGAAAACCUUCAACACCGAUAUCCGCUUCUCGCUUCAGCUCACGGUGGAAGGCGUGAAGGAUAAGUUGUGGAAAAAAUGCGGGACUUCUGUCAACUCCAUGCACCUUGAGCUCUACGACGAUGCUCGCAACGACAAGAUCGCCGAUCUCUCUGAUAAUUCCAAACCCCUUGGCUUCUAUUCCCCUCUUGAUGGGUUUCGUUUGCAUGUUGUGGAUCUUGACCCAACUUCCAUCUCCUCUGGUGGUUGGCUGGAAGAUACUUCGUUGGUCGAAAAAUACCAAAUUUCUGAAGAAGCCUACAAUAAGCGACAAGAUACCUUCAGAAAAUAUAAAGAGAAAAUUACUUCCCAUGUUCCUGCAACUGCGGAGGCAAAGAUAUCAGACACCAGCGAGGAAGAGCUCUGUGCUAAUAUCAAGGUAGGAUCCAGAUGUGAAGUUGAACCUGGGGCAAAAAGAGGUGUUGUAAAAUUUGUUGGUCGGGCAGAAUCACUGGGUCCUGGUUUCUGGGUUGGAGUACAAUAUGACGAACCCUUGGGCAAACAUGAUGGCAUGGUUAAAGGAGUACGCUACUUCGAAUGUCCUCCAUCUCAUGGUGGAAUAGUUAGACCAGAUAAAGUGAAGGUUGGUGACUACCCUGAACGAGAUCCCUUUGAAGAAGAUGAAAUAUGAGUUUCAACAUGAAGGAUUUUCCUUGUAUGAAUCAAGUAUUUGUUUCCAGAAAUUAUUCAAGGGUUUUAUUGUGGUUUUUGAAUUGUUUGUGCUGUUUUUAGAAUGAAAAACAUAAAUUAGAUGUUAAUUACAAUGGUAAAAUGAGAGUCAACAAAGCCGGAUGCUACUUCAGAGAACAUUCAAAUUUGUUUUUAAGGUCUUUCAUCUUA